AUUAGGAAGUAUAAUUCAAACUAAGGUAGUUGGAAAAUUAGGACUUUGAUUUUAAAUUUCAGGCUUCAUAUGCAAUGCUGCCACUUGAUUACACAGUACCACCCUUGCGUGGUGAGCGCCAUUUUGGACAUGAGAAGAGAAAAAAAGUGGAAUGACCACAGUUUGAGGGACAGAGCACAUAUUGCGCACUCGCUUUUAUGUAGAGGCCGUAUGAACAGCUUUUUUUAACGUCAAGUCCGAGAGUACAGUGCACGGACCUGCGCAAAAUAAUCAGCUACUGGUAAAUGUGAAACAUGUGACAUACAUAUGUACAUCGGAUGAAACGUAUGUAUUGGUCAAAGCAACAAAAAACCACUAUGAAAACCAAAAAAGAUUCGGAUGGCGACGAGGAUAACAUCCUGGUGCAACAAUUUCUGGAGGCCGCCGACCACACUUUACUUACAAAUGCUAUGUACCAGACUCCUAAAACACAUAUUAAGGAGUUGCCGAUGGCUGCCAAAAAGCAAGUGCCCCUGAAAAGCGAACGUUACUUAGAUGAUGAUGACGGAAAUGACGCGACUACCAAUGAUUUACAAAUCAGUGAGCAAAUGCAGACACAUAUCUGGCACAAAUUGAGCGCCGUUAUACAGCACCAAGUGGAAUUUUGUCUCCCUAAAUCGCCAGUCGGGCAACUAGAAAAGAGGGCCACGACUUUUCCACUUACAAGCGAACUCAAGCUACUUUCAAAUGCCGACUGUUUCAUUAAUACCAAUACGGUUGAGAUAACCCCACAGGAACUGCAAAAAAAGAUCACUAUAAAAAAACGCCUACUUAAAGGAGAGUUUUUGACAGCCUCUGACACAGAGCUACCAUUGGCGUCGGUGGCUGUCAGCGGAGAUGCGAUACUCGAAGGUAGGGAUAUGCUCUGCUGGGCCAAGCGUCCGACUCGUCAGAAUAAACUAUUUGAAUACGUUGCAAGCGAUCCGCUGGGACACAAGCUGCAUGCCAAGGAACCACUCAAUGAAUUUACAGCGCUACGUCGCAGAAACGCGUGGACCGAGGCGAAGAUACGGUAUAGGCUGGUUAAAUAAAACGAAAUAUGACAUAUCUAUUUAACAAUAA